AUGCGUUACAGUGGUUGUACUGAACAUACACUUCCGCUCACCGCAAACACACACAAUGGCACCUUGGGUACGUACUGUGUUCAUUAACCAGCUGCCACGUUUCUUAGUUAUGCGACGUCCGUUGUAUCCCAUAAGCGAAAUGAUCAAAUCGUCACGUCGUUUAAUGGUACGCACAUGCAACGGAUUUGAACUGAGGGAUCAAAUACCACCGCUGCCACCACCAGUGGCACUAUCUAAAAUGCAUCAUAGUCCAAAAACGACAUCACGCAGCACCUCACCGCACAUGCAGCACAGAGUACAAAGUCUUAACCUAAUGGACGAAACUAUUGGCAUAAGCGGUUGUGGUAUGAGCACUACUGGUGCUUCAACUAUAACAGGACAUUUCUCAACACUCUACCCCUCAACAAUAACAACCGUUAAUCAGCAGACAUCGACCACUUCGUCACUUGUAGACGCACAACAUCAUAGUCAAUAUCAACAAACGGGUGGUUCACUGCUCGAUCAUCCAUUAACGCCUACGAAAUUUCGUCGUAUGGCAUCAACAUCUUGCCAAACAAAUGGUGGAGGCAAUGGUGGACCUUCAACCUCGCAAUAUAGCGGUGGUGCACAUCAUGCACACCAUCAUUUAUCUGGUGCCAUGUCAUCAUCAACAACAACAUUACAUCAACAGCAUCAGCAGCAUACACAUCCACAUCAUCUAUAUCGCCAACAGUCAACAUCAUCUGCAAAUUUUUCACCAGUACCAUUGCAUCCACAUCAACAACACCAGUCAACAACAACCAGCGAUUUGCUAGGCAAUACCAACUCCAAUGUGAUAAAGUCAACAACGACUGUUAACUCUACAGCGACUGCCUCGACACUGGCCGACUCAUGCUGCAGUGGGACCAUACAAACGCAUCAAGGUAUGGGCACUGGUGCAGCAUGUCAGUCAACAGAAACACAACAGCCAAGCAGGGUGCUGCCCGCUUGUCAACGUGAAGGCGGCCCACACUGCUGUUCGGGCCAGGAGAGCAGCACUGUGCGGCAUCGUUGGCAUACGUGUCCAGAACUGCAUAAGGCUAUGGAUGGUGUAACGUACAUUGCCGAUCAGACACGCAAAGAGGAGGAGAGUACAAGGGUUAAAGAGGACUGGAAAUAUGUAGCAAUGGUUUUGGAUCGUUUAUUCUUAUGGAUAUUUACAAUAGCGGUUGUUUUUGGUACUGCCGGAAUAAUACUGCAGGCGCCAACACUGUACGACACUCGGGUACCAAUCGAUAUUAAAUUAUCUGAAAUUGCAUCGACAACAGCGAAACCGAACAUUGCCAGACCUGUGUUAUAAAUUUAUUAUGGUUUAAAUAAAAUUUAACAACAAAAACGAAAAAUAUUAAACAAAAACAAUUUACA